UGCAGCCCAUAAAGAGCGGAGAGAGCAGAGGGUGGGCGUGUAGAUCCACGUCCGCGCGUUGUGGUCAUGCAGUGAGUGUCUGCUGGCAGGACUGCAGCCGUGGGACAAGCUGCUCCGCCACCAACAACAGGUGAAACGCUGCGAGAGAGAGAGACUGUCGCGUCCAGCUCAAGAUGCAGAGGUGCACUAGUGUCCUGUUUCUGUCUUUAAUCCUUAGUGCCACACUGUCGGAAACAUUUGGACUGGUUUUCUCAGCAAAGGAAAAAAGAGGCUGGACUUUGAAUAGUGCUGGUUACUUACUUGGGCCCCAUGCAGUAGACAACCACAGAUCUUUUAAUGACAAGCAUGGUUUCACUGGUAAACGUGAAAUACAGCCUGAUGAGGCUAUUAAAGCAGGGAAUCUUGGAAGGACACUGGCUGAUGAAAACAUUGUGCGCACAGUAAUUGAAUUUUUGGCUUAUUUACAUCUCAAAGAGGUCGGAGCACUUGACAAACUACCAGAGGGAAAAAAACUGUCUUGAAGAGAAUGGAUUUUAUUUUGUUGUAAAGUAGAUUUAGAUUGAAUUUUAAACAAAAGAUCCAAAUGAGCUGAAGAUGAGAAGUAGUGUUUGCAUUAACGUGAUAAAUGGUCAACAGUAUUCUGUCCUUCAGUUUUUGUUUGUUUAUUUGUGUUUUCUUAUUUGCGCUUUUUUUAUCCUCUCCUGUGAUGUUAUAGUGUAAAAUUUAGCCUUUGUAAAAUUUUCCUGUAGGUAAAUAAUACAAUAAAAAUAAAGAGCAACUA